CAGCUCUGUGAGCUGGACUCGUAGGGCUUUAGGACCGCGAGAGGGGAAAGCUUUAACGGGAUUAUGGAAGCGGGAAGGAAAUCGCGGAAUAUCCGAAUUUGCAGGCUGAUUUUUAUUGAUUAGGGCUGAGUUUCUGAUGGUAAUCGAUUCCCGAUCAGCAGUGAAUCGGAUCACAGAGCGCAGUAUGGCCAGUGCGGCGGCGGCGGCGGAGGAGGAGGAGGAGUCCCAGCAGGUGGAGGAUGAAGAGCACUGGCUCUAUGGGGCAGAUGAAAACUCCAAGAAUCCGUCUGUAAAUGAUGAGACGAGGGAGAAAGAGGAACCAGCUGAGGAGCUCAGUGCCGACCCAGAGGACAAGAAUGAAGCAGAGCAGGCCACCAAAAGUGCAGAGGAUGAAGAAGAGGAAGAUAGUGACAGUGAUGAUGAGGAUGAUGUCAAGGUUACCAUCGGCAACAUCAAAACAGGAGCUCCGGCUUACAUGGGGUCUGGAAUCAACCUUAACAUCAAGCCAGUGAGAGGAUAUGGAGUCACAGCUACCAAUAAGCUUCAGUGUAAAGGUGUGGUGGAUCUGGAGGCUCCUGGUUUUAACGGGCUGCAUGCGGGCGAGGUGGAGGCGGAUACGUAUGAAGACAAACCCUGGAGAAAACCGGGAGCUGAUCUGUCGGACUAUUUUAACUACGGUUUUAAUGAGGAGACGUGGAAGGCGUACUGUGAGAAGCAGCGGCGGCUUCAGCUCGGCCUGGACCCCUGCGUUCCACCAAACUUUGAGAAUAAAAUCACCGUCCAGCAGGGUAGAACGGUCAGUUUGGAGAAGGACCCCGAGAGCCCAGCGCCUAAACUGGACUAUAAGACUGAGUUCCCACCACAGGUUAUAUCAGCAUCCAGUAGACUGAAAGCUGGACCUCCACCCAACAGGAAAAUGGGCGGGACCAUCGAUGUGAUUGGCGGACAGAUGGGAACCAUUCGUAGGGUGGAGGGGCGUCGGAGAGAGAUCCCAGAACAGAACCCCAUUCAGGUUCUUGGGGACCAUGGCAACAAGCCACAGCCCGUGACUCCUCCCACUGCCCCGCCUCCAAUUCCUAUUGGAGUUCCUCCACCGCACUUCCUGCACCGCCCACCUCCUGUGUCUGGAAUUCCCCCACCCAUGCAGCCCCCAGGUAUUCCUCCACCUGCUCUUCCAGGUAUAUUCCCGCCUCCUCACGUCCCUCCACCCAACCUGAUGAUGCCACCUGUCAACAGCCGAUGUCCCACUUCAGGGUAUGGUAGCAGAGCCCCGCCCCCUUUUGGAUACAGCAGUGGAGAGCCGAACUUCAUCAGCUACCCGCCGGUGUCGUCCUCCCACAUGCCGUGGGGUGGAGUGAUGGAGAAGAACGUAGGGGGAGGAGUAGGAGGACACUGGGAGCACUCCCGACGCGACAGGGAGCGCGAGAGAGAGAGAGAGGCAGAACGACGAGAGAGAGAGAGAACGCCCACCGCAAACGAAUACGGUGAGGACGACCGCUAUCGCUAUUAUGCCCGCGAGAGCGAGAGAGAGUACGAGCGCUUCCAUCACACUCGUGCCAGCAGUCGAGGGAGAGAGGAGCAUUCUGGGAGGGAGAGGCGGCACAGGGAGAAGGAGGAGAGCGGGAAACACAAGUCUUCCAAACGCAAACAGCACGAGGAUGACGGGGACGGCCACCGCCGACACAAACACAAAAAGAACAAACGCAGUAAAGAGGACAGAGCGGCGGAGGACGUCUGCGGACUGGGGGACGAACACGAGCCCAAGGACUGAUCAAUAAAAUCAGAAAUCAAUCACUAUUAACACCAUUAACAAAAGCAUGCUGUGAUUUUAUACCAAUCACUGAGGCGUAUCUCACUAUUUUACACUGUUUGACAGGCCAAACAUUCACAGGACAGCUGUAUGUAUCUUGGCUUGGUAACGCCCACACCUGUAUAAGUUGUGAGGUGCUAUCUUGUGAGUGAGGUUGGUUGAUGGGACGUUCCAUUUCUGAAGUAGUGCAGGAAUUUAAAAAUCUAGAAUUUUCAAUAUUUCUGCAUAAAUAUGAUUCAAAACAUCAUCAGAUCAUAUUUUUGAUAAAGAAAACCCAGUUAAACAUACGAGACAAAAAUAUUACACUUGCUCAUUUAUUUAUUGAGGAAAAUUAUCCUAUAUUACAUAUUUCUGAGAGGAAAAAGUAGAACAACAUUUGUGGAAUAUCAGUAAAUCACAAAAAAUUUAAAAUAUUUUUUUCUGUACUUCUGUUUAUUAUUAGUUAAGUCCAACCUAAAUAUGUUACUCCACAUUACAUUUACUUACUAAUUAUAUACAUAUAUGACAAAAACUGAUCCGUUAUCACCUAAUUUUUAAAAUAACAUAACAGAUUUGGUUAUUAUUAUUAUUAUUAUUAUUAUUAUUAUGUAUUGGCAUGUCAAUUCUGUUGUAUAUUUAAAUUUUCUUCUGUCAGUUCUUUUGUCUGUCUGGCUCUCAUGUCUGUGUUAUUCUCAGGUCUGUGUUUCAUUCCCAGUGUUUUUCCACUCACCUGUGUUCAUUUGUAGCUCCGCCCCUUCGUCCCAGGUGUUUCCUGUUCCCUGUGUGUGUGCACCUCUAUUUAAGGUCCGUGUUCCAUUUCCCCGGUGUAGAUCCUUGUAUGUUUAUCGUCUGUCAGUGCUCCAUGUUUUCCCCAGUUUCCUCAGUCCUGUUUUCAGUAAAUCCCUGUGUAUUUUGUUUUUGUUUUCGUUAAUAAAUCCCAUUUUGUUUGCAUUUGCGUCCGCCUCCGCGUCCUCCCUGCACCCGCACUUGACAGAAGGAUCGACCUAAAUAUGGACGCAGCAAACAAGUGGACCGGCUCCAGGUUGGCGAUCCGCCA